AUGCCGCCUCUCGUGGUGAUCCGCAGCGGAUGCAAGCACGUCGAGUACCUCGAGAACCGCAGCGCCUGGCGCCGUGCACCGCGGCUGGACCUUCCCAGCGACAGCGACGGCGACAGCAGGGCCUUCGGGUUCUCGCGUGAACUCUGCGACAUGGAGGGCAUGCACGCCUUCCGCUGCGCUGACUGCGGCAACGUGGUGGCCGACCGCGAUGACGUCGUGUCCAAGACGUUCUUUGGUCGCACUGGGAAGGCCUUCCUCAUGAACAACAUGUACAACGUCCGAGUUGGCCCAGCGAGAAACCGCUACCUCAUGACGGGGAUGCACACGAUAUCGGACGUGCAAUGCAGCAAGUGUGACUUCGUGUUGGGCUGGAAAUAUAUCAAAGCGAUGGAGAGCUCCCAAAAGUACAAGGAAGGCAAGUUCAUCAUGGAGCGCGCAGUCGUCCAAGAUGACUCGGAAGAGCAGGCGUGGAACCGGCUGUAA